AUGGCAAACUCAACUGAGUACGAAAACAGCACAAGUGCGACUGAAGUAACAUCAUGGAAUGCUCGUUCAACGAGUAUGGUAAUUCUUGCAGGCAUCAAUAUUUUUCUCGCCAUCAUUGCAUCUUUUGGCAACGCUCUAAUCCUGAUUGCUCUUCAUAAAGUGACGUCCGUUUAUCCACCAACAAAACUGUUAUUUCGAUGCCUCGCAGUCACCGAUCUCUUAGUUGGACUUAUCUCUCAGCCACUGUAUGUUACUAUUCUCUUUCCCCGGUUCACAACUUGGAAUGUGAAUGUCGCAAUUUCGCGCACAGACGAGUUUUUCUUUUCUCUGCUCCCUGUAGUAUCACUCCUUACAUCAGCCGCCAUCAGUGUGGACAGACUUCUCGCCCUGUUGUUAGGCCUGAGAUAUAGAUACACUGUAACAUUAAAGCGAGUUUGGCUGGUCAUACUUUGUUUUUGGCUGAUUAGUGCUCUUCAAGCUACAGGUAGCACAUGUUCAUUUGAAUGUCCAAAACUAGAUGAAAUAACCAAUAUGUUAUUCUGUGCUCUAUUAACACUUUCCUCGCUAGUCUCAGUAUUCUCUUACGCGAAGAUAUUCAAAACCCUUCGUUAUCGACAAGUUCAGGUUCAUCGCAAUACUCAACAAGGACAGCGGCCAAAUGGAGGAGGGAAUCAACUGAACAUAGCUCGAUACAAGAAGACAGUGUACAGCAUAGCAUGGGUGCAGUUAGCUUUAUUUAUUUGUUAUAUUCCAUAUAUCGUAAUACAGUUUUUAAGUCUUGGUAAACUACCCUUUUCGACCGAAAUAUCUAUUCUCUCGGAAUUAUUUGUGACUCUCCUUUAUUUAAAUUCUUCUUUAAACCCAGCGCUUUAUUGUUGGAGGAUCAAAGAUGUGAGACAAGAAGUGAAGAACAUGAUCCGCAAGAUUUUCCGCUGCAAUGGAAAUGAAUAA